GCACAUUUUAAAACUUGUUAAGAAGAAAGUCAUUUCUUUUUUCCAGCUUGUGUAAGAGUACUGAAAGGUUUUUAAUCUUCAAACAAUCGAAGAAUCCCGUUCUUUGUUCACUUCAAUCUUUUAUCAAACAUAUAAAGUCAUAUGGCUUUAAAACGUAUAAAUAAGGAGCUAGCUGAUCUAACUCGUGAUCCACCUACAAAUUGUUCUGCAGGUCCGGUUGGUGAUGAUCUCUUUCAUUGGCAGGCCACAAUAAUGGGUCCAGAAGGAAGUCCAUAUGCGGGUGGCGUUUUUUUUUUAAACAUUCAUUUUCCCAGUGAUUAUCCUUUUAAACCUCCCAAAGUGAAUUUUACAACGAAAAUAUAUCACUGUAACAUCAAUUCUGGAGGGGCUAUUUGCCUGGAUAUCUUGAAAGAUCAAUGGAGUCCAGCAUUAACCAUAUCAAAGGUUUUACUAUCUAUUUCUUCACUUUUGACUGACCCCAAUCCUGAUGAUCCUUUGGUACCUGAGGCAGCUCACGUACAUAGAACAGAUCCCGAUCGUUAUAGACAAACAGCAAUUGAAUGGACAAAUAAAUAUGCCACAUAGUUAGUUCUUUAAAACAACUUUCUUCUUUUUUAAAAUUUCUUUGUUGAGUUGUCAACAAACCCUUUCUGCUUUCGAUAAAAUGUUUUCAGUUUCAAAAAAGUAGUCGUAAAUAUUCUGCACUGAUAGUUAUUGCUUUAAUCAACAUCACAGGCAUGUUAAUGUAACAAGAUUCAAUGUAUUGAGAAAACAUAUUCUUACGCUUUCUCUUUUUAUUAAACUUGCAAAAAAAAAUCAGUGAAAUAAUACGAGACA